CGGCUGAUUGUACAUGGGACAGCCUCACCGACGACACACACCACUACGAGGGCUACUACACUUCUCAAACUUAUCAAGAGACCUUCAAGGACGGGGAGAAGGGACCUUACAAGUGUCAACUUGGCUACCUUGUAUCUGACCAAUAUUCGGGACCUCGUGUACUCAAUGCCACGUGCCGCGGCAGCACGUGGGAGUGGGAUUCGAGGAACCUGCUGUGCAGGCCCGUCAGUUGCGGUCAUCCUUGCCCGAACGGUCACUGCAAGAAUGGCGCCGUCACCCCGCUAGUGUUCAACUACCCGCAUGAAGUGACGUUCACCUGCAAGAAGGGCUACCACUUGGUGACGCACGACGACAAAUACUGGGAUCCAAACAACGUUGUCGCCUGCCAGACCGAUGGCAAAUGGAGCCGUCCCGCACCCAAGUGCGUAGAAGUCAUAUGCCCACAACCCACCCCCAUCGCCGAUGGCAAGGUCGAUCCGACGCAGGGAAUCUUUCGUGAAGACGCCACGAUCCAGUACACCUGCAACCAGGGCUUCACAUUAAUCGGCGACGCUACACGCCGCUGCCAAAAUGAUGCGAGGUGGUCUGGCAAUGACCCAACUUGCGAGCGACGCGGAAAGCCUGUGGAAUUUUGGACUCCAAAUGUCAUUGUUGAGAGGUGCCCCGAACCAAAGCCGCUGCUCCAUGGCGAAAUUAAAACAAACCACAUUUACAAGGUUGGCGCCAUCAUCAUCUACGUCUGCGACGACGGCCAGCGGUCGUCUGCCACGUGCAGCGAUGACCUCAAGUGGCGUCCAGAGCCGCCAUCGUGCACGGACACAAGGAGAAAACCAAUGUCGCCGUCGCCACCAUCGCCAACAACAACCACCACCACCACUACCACAACAACCACUCCUCUGCCACCAACACAAUGUAGCCCGCUGCCGAGCCCAACCAACGGCAAGCUGUUCAGCAAGGACGGAUUCAGAAUCAACGCGUCAGUCUUCUUUAGCUGCGACGAAGGGUACGCCUUGCAUGGGCCCGCUACGCUCGUGUGCAAGCCAACGGGCGUCUGGGAUCCUCCGAUGAUGCCAUCAUGCACUGCGCCUCCGCCUUGGAUCAUCAUCCUCAGCGUUUGCUUGGCAGUUCUCGCCUCACUCGUGCUGUGCUGCCUUGGAUUCUUCUACUUCAUGCGGCGAAGACGGCGGCGCACGCCUCCGCCUCACAACUACAGGCGGCAAAUACGGAAGCCGGGACCGUACGAUGCAAUAUCCAACGAUGAGGUGGCGAGGCUGGGAAAGCCAUUUCCUGUGACGAGCCUAUGAGCCGACCACGAUGCGGCGCAGGUUGAGAGGAGCUGACGACCUGCAAGCUUUUGCUGCGUAAUGGCCCAAUGCUGGCAGAUUGUUUCAGGCCAUUAGCGUUACGCAGCAACUUGUCCUGUGGGCAUGAAAGCCAGAGGCCAGUGUUUCCUGCCGGGUACUUCGAAGUGUUAUGUGACUGACUUUGGACGAACGUAUGGCAGGCGGGUGCAAUGCACGAGUUGCGGACCACACGUGGAAUGUAUGGUGCUGCUGCGUUGCUUGGAACGGCCAGCUGCGUGUGUGUCAUGGUUGCACCUCAAGUCAUUCGUCCAGUCACCGGUGGGAGGUGCCUGUCCCGUCUUCGCAACAGAAUUGUUGUGGCGCAUUGGAGAUGCGAUUGCCACGUUAGCUGAGCGGCGACUGAUGAUGACUCGCACCUGAAAGAAGCGAGGUGACCCACUCGUAUGGGGAUGCAUCCUGAUUUCUAUGCACCCUUCCCAUCAACCGAUUUCGUGUGUGCAUGCAGCAGGCAUGCUUGAUAGCAGUAACUGUGGCAAUCAUUGGGCUUAGUUUUCUCACAGAUCUGUGAGCACAUGAAAUUCACAAAUGGCAUACCAUGUGGCUGGCUUAAAGAGCAGCAGCAGGGAUCGCAGAGUUUACGCUGCAGGGUUUCAGUAAUGACCGACUGGAGCUGUUGUUCUAAAGAAUCUGAUGCCUGCCUCCUGGAGAAAUUUUUUUCGCCGCUUUCCAAUAAUAUCGGAUUUGCAGAGCGAGGAAUCCAAGUAAAGAAAAGGCUCGCAGAUUACAAAAAGAUCCUUUAACUGGGCCACAUUGGUCCAGUUGCCUUAAUACAAGUGGUGAUUUGCCCAAGACUGCCAUUAGCGUUAAAAGCCAAUUGCACCCAUGUAACAUUGCAUUAUCGCUGUAGGAUGCACUGAGUCAAUGCGCUGCAGUGCUUUAUACUGCAGGACAGCAGAUGCUGUCAUUAGUACUUGGCCGUGAAUACAAGUCACGGCUACCGUCUGCAAAGAACCACUUAUAUGUCAACGUUGAAGUGCAGCAGAGGUGCUCUGUGAUGUGGCCUACCCUUACACACCGUACAGGUAUGUGUAAGGCCUGUUUCACACAGCCAUCUAGCACUCAGUCACGUCACGGAUUGGUCACGGCACCAGCAUCUGUUUCUGAAAGACAUGCCAGUGACGUUAGCUGAUGCUAUUUUCCUUCUGGGAAACAAUCGUGAAACAAUGGCGGCUACUCAUUGUCAAAGAGAAAGCGGUAAAAAAACUGUCUUAGUGACAAAUGCUGGUAGAUGACGAGCCAUUUGACGUCUCUGUGAAUAGGGCGUUACAAGGGCCUUUAAAUUGCUGCCACUCUGACAUGAAUAUGAGGAGAACCAAAUCUUUGUUUUAUUUAUUUGCCAUCAGUGGCAGCAAAAAAAAAAACAUAGGCGCCUAGCGCAGUACUCAUCUAUUAUAUAAUAAGCUAACUGCGUCAUCAUUAGGGUUGUCAACUUUACUACGACAAAAAACUGCCUUGUGGGAGACUUGAAGAGGCAGGGUGCAGAUAGGAGGAUCUUUAAAUGUUUUAAUUAAAAGAUAAUAUGCAGUCAAACUAAAUGAAAACAUGGCUUGAAUUUGUUAGCAGAACUAGCAAGUUACAAUAAGACAUUUGAGGACAGUUAAAAAGCAGCAGGUAGCUGUUUGCUGUUCAACCAACAUUGGUAUGGGCUUGUAAGUAUCGUUUACUCAUUUUACAUUGCCUUCUAGAGCAUAGAUUGAACUAUCAAUUGUGAGAUGUACAAGAUACUGGCUGCACCGGCUGAAAAACUAAAAUGACGGCGGCCGUAGUUGUGAUAACUUUGCAACAUUGAGAAUAUCUUGUGCACUGAACAAUUCUUUUUCAAAUGGGAAUAGUUCAGCUAGCAAAUGAAUUUUUGCUACUAUGGUUCUUAUGUAUUAAGGAGCUCUACCGCUGCCUAUUGCAUGCUUUUGUGCAUUUUCAAUAACGCAGUUUAGAAGCUGGAGUCAUCUUGUGAGGAGCAGUGAGGCUGCGUUACUGGCCAGAUGUGGUGCUGUCUUUUUUAGUUCAUACACUCGCCCUACCUUUCGCAUUUUGUCUUUCGCACGGUUUUCCUGCUUUUGUAUGUUUCUUUAUUUUGUCUACCCUGUAAAGAAAUGCAUUUAUGGCAUCUGCAAAAACACUGCCCUCUCCGGCUAUUGGUUUUCUGCGUGCAUUAGUCCUCUUCGUGGUCCCGCAAAAAGUCCGGUUUGACGUUUCGCUCGUCAUAGGCGACCUUUUAUCUUUGUUCUCUUGUUUCUACAGAAAAUGUGCCCUGGUCACAGACUACGGCCAGUGUCGUUCUACUUGUGUACGAAGUAAGCUAGUAGGGGAAAGAAAAGUAGAAAAGAAACAGGAAGCAAUGAGACAUGGCAUUGUCUUAAUACUUUUCAUCUUUCUUUUUUUUCAUAUAACUCUCCAUUACCUAUGCUAUGCUGUUAAUGAACUUUUGCGAAUAAGCCAGGGCUACAUCCAGGAAGCUACAGAGAGAAAGAUACCUAUAAGAAAGGAAAAAUGAGAGACGGUGUUUAGAUUUUGUGCAGUUUGUUAUCCAGCACAUGAGAGGGUCAUAAAGGAGUGAGCGAGAGUGAGAGAACGCAUGAGCCUAGAUUGAUCACAUUGUCUAUUCAAGGCUAGUAGUUGAGCAUUUGAGUUUGUUACCAUCAGGUACUGCAGAAAGGGCCAUCCGAGGUUUUCUGGGCCGGUUAACUUUAAGGCGAGGCUCCGACGAUCUCUCCUUUGGUAAAGGGUCAACCGUCCAGUAGGAAGCUAAAGGACCACUGCAUAGGCGAACUGCAUUGAUGUAAAUUUUGUGGUGUGGCCAAAGAAAAAAAGUGCAGCGCCACAAGGUAGUUGUGUGUGUUCAAACACCUUUCCAAUGCUUGUACAUACGGGUGCACCAUGCUAAUCUGUCCAAACGAACCCCACCUGCACUUAUCCUUGUGCUAUGCUUCUUCAAUGCAUACUCUUGUCGUACUCGCAGAGCUCUCACCUGGUUCAAUUGAGACGUCAAAUAGCAGAGCUUGUCAGGUCAAUUACAAUGCACUUGACAUUAUGUUCAGAGUCGGAACCAGAUGCAAGAAUUUCCUAGGGUGUUCAUACUGUCGGAUAGUCAGCCUUGGUCUUGUGGCACCUGUUAAAAGAAAGGGUUGUGCACGUGGCCACUGUAAGCAGCAAGUGAAGAUUACCAUAUCCGAAUGGGAGGCUGUGAUGGCUUAAUGAUUCCCUCUCAGCAUCAAUUCCUUUUCGUGCUUCGUCAGUUAUCAGAGCAGUGCUCUGCUCUCAUUAUCAGUGGCACGAGUAGGCCGUCAACAGUGGAUAAGAGUGUCAUAGAAUUGAGCUGUAAGAAUAACUACAUUGCACCAACCCCGCCUCUUUUCUCUACAUGAUGUAUAAUGGCUUUAUUUAUUUUCAAAGAAGCAGUCUCGUUAAAAUCUGUGCCUGUCUCCCAUUUCAGCAGAUCACAUAAUACACGCUUCCGGUGCCCUGGAAGAUGAGAGCUAAAAUAAUGUAUAUACAAUGAUUGUAUGAUUGUUCACAAUUAUAUCCUUUUUUGAACUUUGUCUAGUGAUUUAGAGUAGGGGAUGAUAGGAAUGAAAAUAGAAUGAAGUGAAGGGAAUCUACAUGUCUUAACCUACCAUGAAUUGAUUCAUGCAGGCAUACGCUGUUUACCAUUAUUUGUUGCAGACAAACAAAAGAAAAAGCAACUUUUUGGAACUACUUUCAGUACAACCUGUCAGACCUUUUGUGAUGGCUCCUGAACUUUGUGUUCAACCACACCAUGACAUAUUGCGAAAAGGGGCUUGUUUUCUUUGCAUUUAUUUUGCAAGAAGGUGUUUACACACAGAAUUGUGCCACUGCUAGACUCAUUGCAACCAACGCAAAGAGGAAGGCUCCGAAAAUAAGAUGCGAAGAGUGAGGAUUAGUAGUGUUAUAUUGUCUCUGUCUUCUACUGUUCUCAAAAGUGUGCUCGUAUGCAUUUUUCGGAGCCCCGGUGUCGUCCUUACCUGUACAUCAUGGUUCUGUAGGUUCAUUGUUAGCACAGUGCAGCAAGACUUGCAUGUUCAACUCUUUCAAGCAUCAGUUGUCCACCUGUUUAUGUCGUGAAGUGUACGAGUGCACAUUACUUCAGGGAGCUGUGUGCUUAGACACUUUAACCCCUUGCGGCCCGUUGUCGGCCCCUGCCCAACGAUGCAACACAGCCGCAGCGGUCUGUGGUCAGGCACUGCUGGACAAGUUCUGUCGCGGUUGAUUCACACGUGCGUUUUCUCACUGCAUUAUGCAUCAUCUGCAAAAGAGUAAGUAAACUACUCUUACUUAGGCUUUGAGUCUAUUAGUUUCAUACCAGCACUGACGGAAGGUGGGAAAAGGUUUCGGACCGCAAAGGGUUAAAAAGCUUUACCCAGGCAUGCAGCAUUCUGAGUGUUUGUAAUGUAACGCACCUUUAGCAGACCUCUGCUCUCGUUGUUGUGGCAUCGUUUUGCCCGCUGCGUCUUGUGCCUUGCGCUUGUGCCUUGAAAAAUGCGUGUUUACACUUUUGUAAAGUCAAAGUCUUUCUAUUAGCCCUUAAUGGCGUGAGACAUUGACGAGCUCGAUACUGUUCAGUAGAUACGGCUCGUGUAUGACCUCAUCGUUGCAAGCCUUGCCAUGUCUAGUGUAGCCACACUUUGUUAUCACGUAAAGCUUUUUCUACUUCUGGUAGUUCAAAAGUGCAUGACGCAAAUUCUCUUGAUCUGAAAUGUAUCGUAAGCUCAACAGUUUUAAUAUAUUAAUUUGGUUGUUGACCAGUGUACAAUAAUUAAGCCACUUUGUGAUUUUUUCAAGGGAGUUCAAUACAAUGAUUGUAGAAGUUUGUGUGAGCUAGCUGAAACUCUCAUGGUGGUGUUUGGUUACAUUUCACACUCUUGAGUUUUUUAGAUGAGUUGUAUGAAAAAUCAUCCCACUUUUUGUUUAGAAUCUCAAUUCCCGUAUUGGGAUGGACGGGUGAAAAGAUGUGUUACGAUUAUUUUCAUGUGUGUUUGUGUUUUUAAAUGUCCGAAGUCAUGUUCAUCAGACUGAAUUGUUAAUGUGGGUACAUCGAUGUUUAUAAGUUCACACAGGGGAUCGCACUGUCAUUCAGGUUCAAAUUCUGGCCAGAUUUUUUGUUGAUUACUGACCUCUUACUCCAUAAUUCGUUGCCGCUUAAUCACAUGGACAAUAUUUUGUGCCAUACCAAACAUUUUCGAGCAGUUCUGUCGAGCUGCGUUGCACAUAUUAUGGCAACACUGCUUGAAUUGCAUUCUUGUUAGACAUUGAACAUGUGGCAUGCUCACUUGUGCGUUCAAUGCUGGCCGCAUCGCUUCUUGGACUGCCGAGGGCGCCGUGUUGCGAACUGCUUGUGAUUGCAAAAGUGCAUAUGAUUCCCGCGGCAAUGUUUUUCACCCUCACUCCUUGCUAUGACCUAGCCCUGUUUUCGGUGAGUCUACAUGAAACUCUGUAUGCAGGAGUCUCAUGUUGGACCUACAGUCCUUGUCACAUGCGCUCAGAGCAUUGAGGGCAUUAUUGAUGCCGGCAUCACACGGGCACUUUGGGGCACGAUCUAAUUUCUCUAUCGCAGCUGGCUCCUUUGCAUAAGUUGCGGAAGAAAGGCCGGUUGGGAUACAGAAAUUGGAUCCCUAUCGAGAUCCAAAGUGUAUCCUAUGUGACCGGAGAUAUAAUAUUCGCCAUACACUCGAAAGCUCGCACCGUGGCUGAGCAGUGUUCGAGUUAGUGUGUUCCGAGGCAAGUGCCGGCUUGUGGAGCUUAAUUCAUUUUCUGUUUAAGCUUGCACUGUGUGCAGGUCGCCCCCGCAGAACGUACAAAGUGUAGUAAAAAACAUCGAAAAUA